AUGGACGCGAAAACCAAGAUCAUUAUCAAAGCCGUGGUCAUUCCACUUGGCUUCCUCAUUUUUAUUCUUACGAUAUUCGGCAUCUUCCUUCUCAAAUGCCGGAGGGAUCGCAAGAAAGAUGAACGGGAAGGACUGAAUCAUUCGUUCUCGCCGUAUGAAGCGUGGCAGACUGCCCAACCACCUCAGAACCAGUGGCCCUCGAACCAGAACCAAAACCUGUAUCAGUAUCCGAUAUCGACGCCUCAGAUGCAGAGACUUCCCCCCGUGGCUAUUCCACCACCAUACCACCGUCCGAUUGAUAUGAAGGGUCAACUCCAAAACACUUUCUGCUGGCAGGAGGAUAAAGAGAACGGUAUGGACCGCUGA